GGCUCAGUGCGGCUCUGAUGGAAAAUUAUACCUCCUUAUACGUUGUCCACAUAAGUCCUUGACUAAAUUACAUGGCAACUCGACCAAAUAUUUCGUAAAUUUUCAGAAGCCUCGCAACUAUUCCCUCAUCUGAUAAUUCAAAGAGGCCCCACCAACUGUCAUCCUAGCGGUCAAGCAUCCUUGUUCCCACUCAGCAAUAGACACGCUGCAACCCCAUCCUGACUAUAACCUCAAUUCUGAGCCCUGCUAGUUUCCUAGACCCAGCAUACUCUAAAACGACACCAUGGCCGAGGCACAACUUCUACCAGGCCAGUCCGGCCUGCCGGUGCCCAACCCCACCGAAUCCCACUGGCACAAGGACCCCUCCGAGAAGCUGUUCGGCCACCGCACCACGGCUGAUCUGCCCCACUCGGCCGAUGUUGUCAUUAUUGGUAGCGGCAUCACCGGUGCCAUUGCGGCGCACACGCUGAAGCAGAGGAGGCCCGAGUUGGAGGUCGUCAUGCUAGAGGCGAGAGAGGCUUGCUGGGGUGCUACUGGACGAAACGGAGGCCAUUGCCAGCCUGCCAUGUAUGCUGCCAAGCCGCAUAUCGCCUCCUUUGAGCUACGCACAUACUCUUACUUGAAGUCUCUUGUCGAGGAGUACUCUAUCCCUUGUGACUGGCAUUCAACAUCAGGUGUACAUGCCUACUACUCGGCGUCGCUCUUCAAGCUCGCUCAGGAUGUAAUCAAUAACCUCGGUGAUAAAUACCCAGACCUCGCCGCCAACGUAGCCGUUGUGACCAAGGGCGAGAAGGGCGCCCCAUCGUACCUACUGGAGGGUGAGAGAAAGGAGCUGACGCUCGAGGGCUUGAGGGUUCCCAACGCCGAAGGCGCCGUCGUUCAGUGGAACGCUGCUAGUCUAUGGCCAUACAAGCUCGUAGCUUUCGUCCUGGAGCGCUUGUUGGCCGCGGGCGGCUUCAACCUGCAGACCAACACGCCGGCCACCGGUCUGCAGAAGAUCGAUCCGCCGUCAAACCUGACGUCGCCGGCCAGCCCUGCCGGAGGUGGCGAGGGCGAGAAGAAGGCAACCGAGCACCCCACUUGGAUCGUCCACAGCCCUCGCGGCCACAUCACGACCCGCGCCGUGCUCCUGGCCACAAACGCCUAUACGUCGCACCUCCUCCCACAGUUCAGCGACCUCAUCGUGCCGACCCGCGGCCAGGUGGCAGCCCUGAAGCCGCCCCAGGAGCCGGCGCCGGGCGAGCCGCCGCUGGACAUCGGACAUACGUUCUACCUGAUGGGCGACCCGAAAUCCGGCGACGUCCACCGGGAGGACUACCUGGUGCAGCGCCCGCCCCCAGCCGCCGAGCUGGUGCUCGGCGGCGGGAGACAGCUGGCCCGGGACUACGCGGUCGGCGUGUGGGACGAUAGCACGGUGGACGAGCCGGUGAGGUGGUGGCUGCGGGGGGAGAUAACGAAGGCGAUGGACCUCAGCCUGCGGGACGCGCCGCAGAGCCCCGUCAAGCACGACCACGCGCCGUCCCCCGCGACGCAGGACCUGGAGCCCACGCACGAGUGGACGGGCAUCAUGGGCUACUCGCGGGACGCGCACCCGUGGGUCGGCCCCGUGCCCGCGUCGCUGGGCGGCGGCGAUGGCCUGUGGAUCAGCGCCGGGUACACCGGCCACGGCAUGCCGAACGCGGCGCUGUGCGGCAAGGCGGCCGCGGACCUGAUGACCGGGGCAGAGGAGGUGGACCUGCCCGAGGAGUACGAGGUCAGCGAGGAGCGCGUGGGCAGGGCCAGGGCUAGGGACACGGUCAGAGAGGCGGAGGAGAAGGGGGCACUGGUCUUCGAUCUCUCGGCCGCGAUGGUGUAGAUCGCGUAGACAUUGCUCGGUAAUCUACUUCACUAACGAAUGGAGAAUGAAUUAUUGCCAUUGCUGGUCAUUUCAAUGA